AUGCGCUGUCUCUUGACCUCUGGUGCCACAAAUCUUUACCCAAAGUGUAGCAUUCUCCAGGCUUGCAUCAAUUGGACCACCUGAUUUCUCGUACGGUCGCACCACGAUUCCUCAGCUUCUUCCCAAGAUGGCUCACUCAGAGCCGAAGGAUGCCCGAGCGCCAUCGACGUCAAGCACCCUUCGAGAACAAGGCAAUGCUCUCUACAAAGCCGGGAAGAUUCCUCUGGCUUGCAAGAAAUACAUGGAGGCCAUAAAAGCGGAUCCUGCCGAUCCAAUUCCUCCACGCAACCUCUCAGCAGGCUAUUAUGAGUUGGGUGCCUAUACGAAAUGCAUUACGACCGCAAAAGACGCCAUCUCUCUUUUGGGCGUCGAUCUUUCUCCAGCAGACCAAGCUCAGGUUGAGAAAUUGCAAGCACGAAUCUCGAAAGCUGAAAUACACUCGUUCAAAUCGGGUGCAGCGGAAAAGAAAGAGGUUCGGAAGAGAAUUUUGGAGAAGUUGCCGAGAUACAAACCAAGCAUGUUUACCUCUACUGAGUACUUCACGGUCGGUCACGAUGACGUGGCUACUAUCUUCGAGGCCGAUAUGUUUGAGGCGUUCGCUCCGGAAUCGAAGGAGGUUUCCUUCUUUCUCGGAGGUGUAGGAGAUGCAAGGGCGGUGUUACAAACGUUCGCUGUAAUAUCCGAGUCCGAGAGGCUGAAGGGCAGCCCUGAGAGGAAGUAUCACUUCACCAUCAACGAUAUUUCCAAGAGUGCGUUGGCGAGGAAUGUGGUGGUUUGGAUGUUGUUGAAUAAGUUGACUGAGUUGGAUAAGGAAGACCAGAAAGAAAUGGUAUUGAAUACAGUCUUCUUUAUUUAUCUCUCUACGGUAAUGCCGAGAUACGCCUUCGAGAUGCUCGAAGCCACCAUCUCAAACGCUAUCGACACAUUGGAGAAAGGAAGCAGCCCCUUGAAAUGGCUUUUCCUCCACGAGAAAGAUAUCCCAUCUUAUCUCGCUGCUUUGAGACAUUGGUUGGGAGAGGGAAAGCAAAUUUUCACCAGUAACGAGGUCGUGGACAAGGUUUCCUUGAAGAUGUCCAUUUCCGAGGCAGCGGGGCACAUGCGAAACGAAGGAGAUGCAUUCUACAAGAACGAAAAACGUCUUUACAUUGAAUCAGCUGUCCUCUUUCCUUCCAACAGAGUCCUACAACUGCAUGAUCCUGGAUUCUUGGAAAUGAUCCAGAAAUAUUCUACCAGUCCGCGAAAGAACUCAAAAAUUUUCAAGAAGUACCUAGGGGAGAAUUGGCACCUCAAUACGACACUCAUGGAUAAGGACUGGUAUGCGGAUCUGCAAGGUAAACAUAUGUUUGAUAUGGGAUUCAAUCCGUUUGAGGCCAUCGAUCACUUUGCCUACGUCGAAGUUCAGACAAAGCCGAACAACCCAGACAGGCUAUUCGAACACAUGAAGCCAUUCUUCUUAGAGGCUGCCAAGGCAAUUGAGUAUCUCGGCGAGAGACUGAAGGUCGAGGCUAUUCUGGGAGACUACGUGGAUGUUGCGGAGAAGAUUCAAUUUGGUCUGUACGAGACGGUUACUCGUCCUAAGGAAUUCCCAAUCUUGUACGACAGGAUCCAUCUGAGCAAUGUGCCUGAUUACACCCACGGCCAUGUCACAACCUUCGCCCACGCUAUGCCCUUUCUCCGCCGGGGACCAGCUUCAAGUCUCCGCGCGACUUGUCUGCGUAAUUCAGACAGCUGGCGAACUGUCGAGGAUUAUCUUGCAGACUAUAACCAAAUCCCCGACACCGACACCCUAGAAGCCCUUGCUCAAAUCAUGAUCGUCAUUCGCGAGAACGAUGCUCUCCCAUACCCCAUGGCAGAUUACACAUUCUACACCUGGUCCAAGCCCGGUCCUCACAACUUCUCCGCUCUACUCCCCAGGAAGAAAUUCACGAAAUGGUUCUGCUCACUCUUCUUCCGCCUCGCUCUACCAAUGCGGAUUGACAUCACUCUCAACAGCAAAAUAAUCUUCAGUCCUUUGAACCUUUGCAUACUUUUCCGGCUCAUCGCCCAGCUUCGAGGCUUCGGCUACCCCUCUCACUGGCUCUCGGAAGCCCUCUUGAACAUCAUACACAACAAUGUCAUAACCACCGCUCGUCCGCCAAGAGCGAAGCCAAUGAAGCCAGCAGAUGUCAAACGCAACUACCCGGACCGAAAACUCUGCACCACACCUUUCUCACACGAACUCGGCACCCUCGCAAGCCUAUUCCAACCUUUGCUUCCCUUCAAACUCACCUCACCCUUAAUCUCAAAAUCAGACGAGAUCUACAAAUACACUUUCAAGCUGGAAGGAUAUAUGAACUACGUCGCACAACCAAGUUGUCUGAUCCUGGUCUUCGUCAAAGAAAGUCUUUUCUCCGACAACAACGCACCGCAAGGCGUUCUCUCUCACCUCAGAUUGUUUCUCGAUCCCAGCACAGAUGAAUUCGAGCCAAAAUUGUCAGGGCAGCCGAUUGAUCAAUUGAGGGAGGAAGGUGUCAGGGUUUGGAGUUCAUUUUCGUGGGAUGGGAAGGGCAAGGUGGCGAGUGUGUGGAUGAGUGAAGGAUUUGUGAAGGAGAUAGUGGAGAAUAAGUGGAGUGUGGGAAUCUGGCGGACGGAUAUCUGGGAGGCAGUCUGUGUGCCGCAGUUGGUGGGUAUUGAGGAUGUGGUGAUGAAGGAAGAGAGGUGGGUGAUGUGAGGGUUCUAUUAAGGGAUAUCAUUGGUCUUGGAGUUGCACAAUACACCAAGUGAUAUUCGAAAGGUGGCCUAUUUUAGACUUUUAGAGUCAAGCUGCGCUAAAUUGACAUCAUAUAUAGACUAUAGUAGCGGUUUCCUAUCUGCUCCCAAG